UAGACGCCUCCUACCCGGAAAGCGCUCGCGGGCGGCUCCGGCGAUGGCGGCAGUGGUUCGAUGGAUGGGACUGCGGGCGGCGAGGCUGCCACGCGGAGCGUGCGCGCGGCCGGUUCCGGCCGGCGCCGCCUGGAGGAGCGUCCUCGGGGUUCCUCCCCGCCCAGGGCUUCUGACCCAUUCCAGUGUUGUAAAACUUCCUCCAGGAGUGGCCUUUAGGCCAAGCAGGUGUGGCAGUUCUGCAGCAGAAACACCUGCUACGAAAGUGGAAAAUGACUCUUUUCUCCAGUGGUUCCUGCUUCUCAUUCCUGUCACUGCCUUUGGCCUGGGAACUUGGCAGGUCCAGCGACGGAAGUGGAAGCUGAAACUGAUUUCAGAAUUAGAGUCUAGAGUCAUGGCGGAGCCCAUCCCUCUGCCAGCAGACCCAAUGGAACUGAAGAAUCUGGAGUAUAGGCCCGUGAAGGUUAGGGGGCACUUUGACCACUCCAAGGAGUUGUACAUGAUGCCCCGGACCAUGGUAGACCCUGCCCGCGAGGCCCGGGAGGCUGGCCGGAUCUCCUCGUCAACUGAGAGUGGGGCCUAUGUCAUCACCCCCUUCCAUUGCACUGACCUGGGAGUCACCAUUCUAGUAAACAGAGGGUUUGUCCCCAAGAAGAAAGUGAAUCCUGAGACCCGGCAGAAAGGCCAGAUUGCAGGAGACAUGGACCUAGUUGGGAUAGUGAGGCUGACAGAACCCAGGAAGCCCUUUGUCCCUGAAAAUAAUCCAGAAAGGAACCACUGGUAUUACCGGGACCUGGAGGCCAUGGCCAAGAUAACAGGCACAGACCCCAUUUUCAUUGACGCCAACUUCCAGAGCACAGUUCCUGGAGGACCCAUUGGUGGACAAACCAGAGUGACUCUUCGGAAUGAGCACCUGCAGUACAUUAUUACCUGGUACGGACUGUGUGCAGCCACAUCACACCUAUGGUUUAAGAAAUUCUUACGUCGGACACCUGGUGUAUGAAUCAAUGCAAGCCUGUUCCUAAGUAAUCCAGAGAUCCCCAAGUAAACCUCAUGUUUAAGAGAUCACGUACUGCUGCUAUAAAUAAAACUCCUGGGCUCAUUUGCAUCAGUAUCUUAAGGCAGUGACCAGUCACACAGUGGCUUAGCUUCCAGUAUUUCAGUAUCAUGGGUAGGUAUCACAACUUAAGAUGGGACUGGAGGUACAGCUUAUGAGAUAGGGCAGCUGCUUUA